GCAGGAAGUCUUUGGGUCUUAUCUAGACACUCAUCAGGUGUCAAGCAGAGAGCAGUUCAGGAGCUUCACGAAGACUUUCCUGUGGUGUGCGGCUGAGAGUAAAAUGGCAGCGUCUCUGUUCCGAGAUAGAGAUCAGUACAACUGCUCAGUGUGUUUGGAUCUGAUGAAUGAUCCGGUGACGAUUCCCUGUGGACACUCUUACUGCAGGAGCUGCAUUAAACACUACUGGGACCGAGAUGAAUCCAGGAGAGCUCGAUGUCCUCAGUGCAGACAGGACUUUCCUAAAACACCUGCACUCAACAAAAACACAAUGCUGGCUGAAAUCCUGGAGACGCUGAGGAACACCACGCUUCAGGGUUCUCCUCCUUCUCCUCCAGCUCAGACUUCUGCUCAGCCUGGAGAAGUUGAGUGUGAUUUCUGCACUGAUGUAAAGCUCAGAGCGGUGAGAUCAUGCCUGGAGUGCCGAGCGGCGUACUGUGAAACGCAUCUCCAGCCUCACUACGACUUUCCGACUCUUAGGAAACACAAGUUAGUCGUCGCCGCCGAAAUACUGACGUGUCCGAGACACGAUAGACUGCUGGAGGCUUUCUGUCGCACCGACAACAUCUUAAUCUGUAUGAGCUGUAUAAUGGACGAGCACAAAGGCCACGACACGGUUUCAUCUGCAGCAGAAAGAGACGAGAAACAAAUCAUACUUCAGGAUUAUAAAAGCACAUUUGUGGAGAUACGCGAAGAAAAAGAGAAGGAGCUUCACAACCUGCUAAGUACCCUUGAGGCUCAUGAACAGUCUGCACAGCAGGCAGUGGAGGACACGGAGCUAGCCUUUAGCUUGCUAAUCAGCUCCUUUGAGAAAAGCUGCUCUGAGGUGACCGAGAGAAUCAGAGCUCAGGUGGAGAUGGACAGGAAUCGAGUUACAGAUCUUCAGGAACAGCUGGAGCUUGAAAUCGCUAUGCUGAUGGGGCAGGAAGAACUCAUGGAGAAGUUUUUACAGACGGAGGAUAAUGUCUACUUCCUUCAGAACUUCGAGAGCAUGCCCAGUCCCUCUGGAGAUGACGAGUCGCGCGCUCGGACUUUAGAGCCGCUCGUCUCUUUCAGUGACGUGAGCAGCAUGGUUUCUGAGUUUAAAGAGAAACUGGAGAUUUUCUCCAAGCAGACAGUGGACUACAUGUUUGCAAACUUCCAUAUCGGGGUCGGUGACAGAGUUCGGGUGAGAUCUUCUGUGAACACACCUACAUUUCAGUGGGGUCCUAUAACACACGAGAGUGUAGGCGUCGUCACGUCCAUAAGUGAGGAAACUGUGAUCGUCGACUUCCCGGAGCACGAAAACUGGAAAGGACUCCUGUCUGAGAUGGAGCGCGUAACUGCUGCUGAUGACUCUGCCAUAAGUGAUGAAACUGGGCUCGUCGACGUCCCGGAACAUGAAAACUGGGACGGACUCCUGUCCGAGGUGGAGAGCGCAGCUGCUUCUGAUGAAUCUGGAACUUCCGCUCAGCAGAGGAAAGUGACGCUGUAUGUUAAAUAUAUAAAACGCAACUGGGGAAAGGUCUUGGGGAAGAAAUGAAUGUGGACUUCCCGCAACGUUCUGACGAUGGAUAGGCGUCGUCUCCGAGAUGGAAAUUGUGUCCUAAAUUAUUCAAGAUUUGUGUUCAUAUUGAGACCGUAGAGUUAUAUUUGUAUAUUAUAAAUCAAUCUGAUUUUUCUAAAAGUCGUGUUGAUACAAGAGAUACACUCUCCAGUCACUUUAUUAGGAACGCCUGUACACCUGCACAUUCAUGCAGUAAAUAUUUCUUCAUUCUGAUGUUUGAUGUGAACAUUAGCUGAAGCUCUGGACCUGUAUCUCUAUGAUGUGGUGCUGCCGCAUGAUUGGCUGAUUAAAUUAAAAUAUUGUGAUGCCUGUGACUUUAACCGUGGUGUGGAUGUUGGAGCCAGACGGGCUGGGAAGUGACAGUAAUAUCAGGUGGAGUGUGUUUCACAAUCAUUUUAUAACCCUUCCUCGCAGUACACUGGCGUUCCAUUCCACUGGAGGAAUGGAAAUCGACUUCUUCAAUCAGGAUUAACAAAUGAGUCAUAUUAUCACCACAAGUCUGUUAGAAGAUGAGUCAGGACACUGUUGGGUUUCUGUGUGUAGAGCAGCGUGACUCUGUGUUUAGCUGCUGCUGAGCAGGGAUAAACCUAGUAGGCUAGGUAAAAAAAAAACAAACAAUGCGCAUUCUUAAAAGCCUGAGUGUUUACUUUCACAUGAGCCAUUAAACAGUACUGUGGAGUGUGACAUCACCAAUAAAUUCAGCGCUGAACAUGG